CACCCCCGGGUCCGACCCCGGCUGCUCCUCGCACGCCGGCCACGCAGGGACAAAUCUCAGCCACCUGCUCCGGAGCCGGGGCGCCGGGGCACCGUCCGCCCCAUGGAGCUGCCGGCCAGCAACGCCAGCUGCGAGAACGGUUCCCUGAUCAGCCUGUACUGCUCCUCCCAACAAGUCCUGUGCCGGAUCGUCGGUGACCUCAGCCCCGAGGUGCCCAGCAGUGCCAUCUCCAACAGCUGGCAGGAGAGGUUCAGGCAGAACUACAGCUUCUACGUCGGCCUGGGGCUGGCCUUGCUGUCCAGCUUCCUCAUCGGCACCAGCGUCAUCCUCAAGAAGAAGGGCCUCCAGCGACUGGUGGCCUCUGGUGCCACGCGGGCUGUGGACGGAGGCUACGGCUACCUGAAGGACACAAUGUGGUGGGCUGGAUUUCUCACCAUGGCUGCCGGAGAAAUUGCCAACUUUGGGGCCUAUGCGUUUGCUCCUGCGACAGUCGUCACACCACUGGGAGCGCUGAGUAUCCUCAUAAGUGCGAUCCUUUCCUCAUAUUUCCUGGGAGAGAGUCUGAACCUGCUGGGGAAGCUGGGCUGUGCGGUCUGUGUGGCCGGCAGCACAGUGAUGGUGAUACACGCCCCCGAGGAAGAGAAGAUCACCACCGUCAUGGAGAUGGCUGCCAAAAUGAAAGACACAGGGUACAUCGUGUUUGCUGUGCUUCUGCUGGUGUCCUGCCUCAUCCUCAUCUUCAUCAUCGCCCCACGUUAUGGACAAAGGAAUAUCCUCAUCUACAUCGUCAUCUGCUCUGUGAUCGGGACCUUCUCCGUGUCCGCCGUCAAGGGUCUGGGCAUCACCAUUAAGAACCUCUUCCAGGGGCUGCCAGUUGUGCGGCACCCUCUCCCCUACAUCCUGUCCCUCGUGCUGGCACUUUCGCUCAGCACUCAGGUCAAUUUCCUCAACAAGGCGCUGGACAUCUUUAAUACCUCCCUGGUGUUCCCCAUCUACUACGUGUUCUUCACCUCGUUGGUGGUGACCUCCUCCAUCGUCCUCUUCAAGGAGUGGUACAGCAUGUCGGCCGUGGACAUAGCGGGCACCCUCUCUGGCUUUGUCACCAUCAUCCUGGGUGUGUUCAUGCUUCACUCUUUCAAAGACCUGGACAUCAGCCACACCAGCCUGCCCCACAUGCACAAAAACCCAACCCCCGCUCCCGCCCCAGAGCCCAGCAUUAUUAGACUUGAAGACAAGAAUGUUCUUGUGGACAAUAUAGAACUCUCCAGCACCCCAUCACCAGAAAAGAAGCCCGAAGUAUUCAUAAUCCAUUCGUAAAGCUUGGAAUACAUGAGUGAGAGGAUGAGCCCUGUGGUACAGCCUGACUGCUCAAUUUCAGAGCCACCUGGUUAUUUUCAACACAACUCCUCUUACCAGUGGCCUCUCUUUUCUUGAGACGUUCAUUUAUACCUCACUGCUGUUUCCGGGAGAAAAAUCCCUACCCAGUGAGCAGUGGCGGUAGAACCUCCUGGAAACACAGCCUCAGUGACCAAAUACCCUACUUCACAUUGGUGCCAGCAGGUCCCCUGGACCUCCCGUCCUACUUGUUUCCUCGGUGCCAUCUCUGUGUUGUUGGGAGGAAGAUAGGAUUUGAUCUGUUGAAUGUAGCACAAGCCAAGAACUUCCCUGAAAUGUUGGUCAUCAGGAAAUCCCUUGCACUGAUUCUCCUCCUGAGACUGAUUCACCGUUCCUGAGCCCGACUCACCGUUCCUGAGCCCAAGGCUGAAGUGCAGCUGGCCCUCCGAGGCCCAGAGAGCAACUCGCCACGCCUCCCAUCCAGAACCAACAGACACACAAUUAUUGUAAAAUGUCUUGUUGCAUUUGCCACCUCAACUUCGGAGACAGAGGCAAGACCUCAGCUGACCUGCUUACUGUGAAAGCCACCUGACGUCUCAGGGAAACACUUCCAUCAGCCCCAUUCCCGGAGCAGCCAGCCUGGAGGUCAGCAUCUGUUUCCAUCCACCCCACCCCUUCCCCACCCCGCCCUCUCUACAUACAUCCUACGGAGUCAGUCAUGGAGACAUUCAGGCAGUCAUCUAAGAACUCAAAACAACACAACAACAACAAAAGGUGCUUCCCAGCCAAGCUCUGCUGGCCAAGCCCAGUGUUUCAUUUUGCCUCACUCUCCAACGAGAACAGCGAUUGCACUGCUCUUAAAAGUAGCCUGGUUGUCGAGCAGAAUGCACUUUCCUUUUCCUCAAGGAGUAAACCAAAAUAUGAUUUGGGGAGAUGGGGAGACGAGUGAGGAGCAGUCAGGAAAGCAGACACAGGCUCUCUGGAAACCAGGGGCUAACUUUGGUGUUUACUCUGGUGGCGAACCAAGAACCCAGGUGGAAAAGGCCCUGGGUAACUUUUUUUUUUUUUUUUUGGACACACCACGCGGCAUGUGGGAUCUUAGUUCCCUGACCAGGGAUGGAACCCGCACCCCCUGAAGUGGAAGUGCAGAGUCUGAACCACUGGACCACCAGGGAAGUCCCCUCAGGGUAACUUCUGGGCUGAAGCCUUAGAGGCUUGGCCAGUGGGAUCAGCUCUGAACUUCCGUGACCAAGUCGGGGGUGUAAGGUCGGCACGGGGUGCAUUCUGCCUGUUGACCAGAUCGCCACCAAGUCCCCAGCUCCACUGACGAGCUGCCCACACUGGGAAGCAGUGUGUCACAACUGCUCCACCACCACCUGCUUUGGGGACUGCCUUUGGUCCCCUCACAUUUGACCAGAGGCAGUCAAAAAAACAAGAGCAGCUGGAGAGAGAUAUAAUUAAUAUCCCCUCCCUUCCUGUCUUCUCUCCAGCAGCAAGAAUGUGAGAGUUGAUACGAGGACCAUUGACAGGGAGGUAAGGGAGCCAGUGUAUCUGUAAAGGAGGAGGAAAGACCUGGCCCUCAGCCCUUGAGCUGGUGCAGAGCCUGCCCUGUGUAACUCCACACCCGUGCCUGUGUUUACGUCCUGUGCCCUAAGCAUAGCCAAGCCCAGGCCAAACUGUUGCUGGCCUUGGAGCUCCAAGGAACAGACUGGCUUCCUGCACCGCCAGCCUCAAAGCCACAGUUUUUAAUGAAUGUGGAUUUCUCUCUGUAACGAAAAUCAACGCAACAUGUUGGAUCUUGAGAAUGACCGUAAUCUGAAGGCCCUGAGAGCGUGGUCCGCAGGGUCAGGAAUAAAGACCUCUGAGUGUGUUUACUUGAUA